CUUUAUCUAGCUAGGGUUUACACUCGAGAUAAACCAAGCCAAAAAAUGUCAUCAACAACUCCGGCCACCGAUCCCACCGGUUACGAUUCUGAUUCUGAUAUAGAAACCGCCGGUACGAACACCACCGUCACGACACCUACCGUCACUUCCGAUGCCCUAACCACUACCGGCGCCGUUAGUCAUGCAAGUCCACCGUUAGUCUGCCUUUUCCGGUUUGCCGGAGACUCCGCUGCCGGCGGGCUUAUGGGAUCCGUAUUUGGUUACGGUUCUGGACUGAUUAAAAAGAAAGGGUUUAGAGGAUCAUUUGGAGAGGCAGCGUCAUCUGCUAAGACAUUUGCUGUUUUGUCUGGGGUCCACAGUUUGGUUGUAUGUUUCUUAAAGAUGCUUCGAGGGAAAGAUGACGUCAUUAAUGCAGGUGUAGCUGGAUGUUGUACCGGUCUUGCUUUAAGUAUUCCAGGUGCACCACAGGCUCUUUUGCAGAGCUGCGUCACAUUCGGUGCUUUUUCUUUCAUAAUCGAAGGUCUUAACAAACAGCAGCCCGCAAUGGCCCGUUCCUUUUCUUCACGGGCCACAAGAGGUCAACAAGACUAUGGAAUACUUCCUUCUUUGAGCUUUCCUCUUCCCAGUGAACUCAAGGACUCAUUUUCUUCAUUCUGCAAAGCCAUUGACCAAACCAGCAAAAAAGUCAACUUUCGUCAUGGCCCACGUUAACUUGCUAAGUUGAGGUAAAUCUUUUGUCGCAUACCUUCUAGAAGUUUCCGCGUGCACUGUUCAUUGUAAAUUUCAGGUGACAUGCUUUUGUUUUCUGUAGAUUUUACUAUUGGUGUAUCACAUAGUUGAUUACAGAAGCUCAUUUUUUGGAUGUCAUUACAAGCUUCUAUCUUUAGAGUUCACUCUUUUGUAUACUCUAAGGUGAACCACGCUCCUGUUGCGUGCCCUUGAGUGUGUUAUAUGUUAUGACCCAUCAACUCAACUCGGCUCGGUUAUAACCUAUAGGUUGGGGGCUCAAGAAUCAUGUGUAUUAUGUGUCAAGGUAGAUAAAUCCAAAAGGAUUCGAAGCUGGUUAAGAUA